GAACCGUCUCGGCUCAGCCAUGGGUCUCUGUGCUACAACAGCCAUGGGUCCCUGUGCUUCGCGGUCACGGCGUAAGGUGAUCUCAGGGGGAACCUGCUAUGGGAUUGGAAGGGAUUGGAGGGGUGUAGCCUUGGAUCCAGCUAUGGUCUCCAACUUGAUCGUUAGGAAGAUGAUGAUACAGGAAAGGCCCAGCAACGAUGUGAGAAUUCAUGGUGAGCUUUCAAGGGCCCAGGAGGUGGAGAAAUACCCUGCUCUGUAUAGCAACCAACGGCUGCUUCUGGAAGCCAUACGGCGUUACGAGCAGAUCUGGCUUCCGAUCUUGGCCAAGCAUGGGCACCAGGGUUUGAUACCUCCUUUAGAUGUGGAGUGGGUGUGGCAUUGCCAUAUGCUGUGCCCGAUCUCUUACCAAGAGGAGGCAAAGGCUAUUGUGGGCUCAGCUCCGGAUCACGAACUGCUGCCCAGAUCUGGAAGCAAAUUCCAGGCCGCAAAGGCCAAAGCGACGAAGCUUUGGUCGGAGGCCACCACGGAACCUUUUGAUGUGCAGAUGGAGGUUCCACUGGUGGAGCAGCAGGUUGAGGGUAAUUACAACAGUCAGAUCAAGUAUGACUUGAUGAGCGCAGCUGCUCGACAAGCAGCUUUCCAUUACCAGGUUGCGGUCCUGCCGCACUACCGAGACAAGUACUUCCUGGAGCUUGCUGUUGAGAGAUAUUUGGACAGGUUCCUUGAGUUGAAACGCCGGAGACCGAAUGAAUUCUGGGUUCCCACCUAUGACAUCGACUGCGUGUGGCAUGUCCAUCAGUUGCACCCAACUGCUUACAUCGCCGACACAGCUCGUCUUUGCGGCGCCGUGCUGCCACAUGAUGAUAGUGUCAAUGAUCGAUCUGAGGGCUCACGCCUGUCCAACCGAUGGACGGCUACUCAGGAUGCUUGGAGAGCCGAAUUCAAAACCAUUGGACCCGUGAAUCCAGGCAGUAUGUACCGUGGCCAGCUCUCACUACAAGAGAGGCUACAACAGCCCAAGCAGAGAGAGCUGCUAGAGCAUCCGACACAGGCGCUGGCGCCGUCAUGGGAGGGCUAUGACGUGAAUCUAAGAGCUCCAUGGGAAGAGUCCAUCGAGUCCCACCAGGAGGUUUGGCUACACCGUGGCGCCGCGACGCAGACGGAGCUGCGAGGUGGACUCCGGCGCUUCUCGAGCAUCGGAAGUCACACGGCGCAGGUGGUGCAUGGCAUCGCAGGAAGUCGGAAGCCUUUCAGCUUCGUGGAGGUCUGCGACGCUUCCAAUCCGGCCUUGCCACUGGUCACGGCUCACAGCAUUUCCUCGGAUCAACUGCCGACAGAAGGGCAGCUGAACGCGACAACUCUGCCGACUUUGACGAAUUCCUGCAUGGCGUUUCUCUUGCGUGUGGCUUCCGAAGACGUUGCCGUGGUCAUUGGCCAGUGGAAAGGUUUCCAGCUUCCGGUGAAGGGAACACCUGGCAGACCCGGAAUCCCUGGAAAUCGCGAAACCAGAACGCGUGGCACUCGUGGUACCAAAGGCAUCAAGGGCAAGAAGGGCGUAGCUGGAAAUAUGUCUGUGAAGAUGUAUGCAUUGCAGAGCGCAAAACCCAUCAGGGUACAGGAGCUGCACGUCUCAGCGGUGCAACCCUCAACCUUCAGCAUACCGUUGGAUGACCUGGGUGGCAAGGGCACGGUUCAAAUCAGCGUGUCCACGGGCAUCAUCCGUGGGGUUAACAGGCCCUUGGAGGUUGCCAUAGGCUACGGCUUGGCGCUCACCUUGGCCGCCUUGCACGUCUCGCUCCAGCCUCGGAUGGCACCGCCAGAGACUUCCAAGGCUGUCAUGGGGACUGCCAAAGGAGCAGCCCCAGAGCUACCAUCGGGAGCAAGUCUCUACCCCGCCUGGACUGUUCAGCAGAAAAACUUUAAGUUGCUCACAGCAGCAGGAGGAGAACUGAAUAGUUCUGACGUGGUCGUUGGUGUUCCGCUACGGGAUAGAGACCAUGACACAGGUGCCACGGACUCUGCUGCUUAUGACGAUGCCUUCCUUUGGUAUGGCGCUGGCUAUGUCUAUUUUGGAGACUUUGGCUAUGGAGGCUUUGCUGGCCAUCAAUCUGAUUUCCCCCCAACUCAUGGUGGUGGUGUUGAUAGCGGCGGCUGCGGUGGCUGUGGUGGCUGUGGCGGCUGCGGGGGCUGCGGGGGCUGCGGUGGCUGUGGCGGCUGA